AUGGCGGGAACUUCUCGGCACGACCGGGAGAUGGCGCUCCAGGCCAAACGUCAACUGGCAUCAUGUUCCGACCCGGUGGAGAGACUCCGCCUCCGAUGCCUGGCCAGAGGUUCGGCCGGCAUCAAAGGUCUCGGAAGAGUCUUCCGCGUCAUGGACGAUGACGCCAACCGUUCGCUGGACCUGAAGGAGUUCCUGAAGGGCGUCCACGACUUCGGCCUCCCCAUGGACAAAGAGGAAGCGGCGGCCAUCUUCCGGCGCUUCGACCGCGACGCCGACGGCACCAUCGACUUUGACGAAUUCCUGCUCAGUCUCAGGCCUGCCAUGUCCCAGGCCCGCAGGGAUGUGGUGACACAGGCCUUCCGCAAACUGGACAAGAGCAAAGACGGCGUGAUCACCGUCGACGACCUGAGGGGUGUCUACAACCCCAAGUACCACCCAAAGUACCAGAACGGAGAGUGGAGUGAGGAGCAGGUCUUCAGGACCUUCCUGGACAACUUCGACUCGCCCUACGACAAAGACGGAAAGGUGACACAAGAAGAGUUCAUCAACUACUACAGCGGCGUCAGCGCCUCCAUCGACAACGACGCCUUCUUCAUCCUCAUGAUGAGGAACGCGUGGAAGCUUUAA